AUGAAGAUGGUGGCCAAGUCUACGUCCAUCGAAGAACUUAGCAGCGGAAGCACGUCCGCGAAGGCAUCGGGGACCGCGUCAGCAUCCGCACCUGCUGCGAGUAGUUCGGGCACGGCGUCGUCAUCGCCGUGGAAGUUGAAGCAGAGCUACGCGAGCGUGCGAGCAAGUAUGCGGUACACACGGGCAGGCGCGUCCGCAAGAGACGGCGCGUGCACCGGACCACGGCCCAAGAUCACGCUGUACGCGACCGGGGCCAACGAGCUCCAGCGACGCGCCAAGAGCAUCGCUGGAGGCUCGCGAAGGGAUGCACACGUAGGGAGGAGGGAUUACGACCAGCCAACCCCGGCAAGCAAAUGCCCAGCAAGGACGACCGGACGGAGACGAACACAACGGAGGCGCCCCAAGAUCGCAGGGCCCCAUGGUCCUCGGGAGCCAGUCGCCCAACCAGCUCGCCUCGCUCCUCUUCGACGUCCUCCGCAACACCGACGUCCUCGACUCAGCCACAUCCCGAAUCCCAACACCCUCGACAUCCGCGCUGCCGACGCCCGCAUGUCCUUUUCCCGCAUAGGCGCAGACGGCGGCGGCCAGCCUGUCCUCAUCCCCGUCCACUACGCAGCCGCAAGACCCGUGACAAGCUCCGGUGACGUCCCAAGAUCAGACUUGGAGGCUCGCGGAGGUCCUGCAGACCCCGCCCUGAUGCGCGCUGUCUAG